GUUACUGAAAGUGAUGUAACCAUCACACCAUUAUGUGAUCGUGAAGACAUUGACGUCACGAUGUGCUGGGUGGUAUCCGUCCUCAUCAUACUGUAUGCCAUGGGGGGCGAGGGCCAGGAACAUGGGCCAGUGUUCCUGAUGGAGCCACCCUCGCGACUGGUGUUCUCAAACAGCACUGGUGCCAGGGUCUCCUGUGCAGCUCAUGGGUUUCCCACGCCGCAACUCGCUUGGCAGUUGCCGGAUGGCAACCAAAUUGACGACGUCCCUGGACUAAGACAAGUAUUGGAUAACGGCACAUUGGUUUUCCAACCAUUUGCAGCAGUUCAAUACAGGCAAGACCUGCACAGCACCGUUUACAGGUGUCGAGCUCACAACACGCACGGAGCCAUCGUCUCCAGAGAUAUGAGAACACAAGCAGUGGUUUGGCAAGACUGGCAGGUCCUAGUGACGUCUACUCCGGCGGAGGUUGGAGGGCCGGCGCUCAUGACUUGUACCACGCCAACAGCAGUGAGAGAACACGCUUCAGUCGCAGCCUGGUACCGCGAAGAUGCUGUACUUUCGACCACCGAUCAUAUUUCUGGCCCAACUCUUCUUGUCGAUGAGGGUUGGAAGCUGAUAGUUAGAUCUGUUCGAGUGGAGGACUCGCGAGCACAGUACUCCUGUUCAGUACUUGACACCCUCACGGGAGAGAGAAGGAGGAGUAGUCCAAUCAGUAUUGAUGUUUCACCGAUGAGCUCAUCAUCAGCACCACGUCCGCUGUGGCCCGGCGUGUGGGAGGCGAGCGCUCGCCGAGGUGGAGAUGCUAUAUUGCCGUGUCUCGUACAUUCCAACCCACCACCCACUAUCACAUGGUAUCGUGAAACUGGAGGUGGAGUGCUUCGUGAGAUCCGCGAGGGUGAGGGCGGGGGACGGUACAGCAUGACGUCAGAUGCCCUGGCUAUCAGGCGAGCUGAACUGACUGACGACGGCCGCUGGGCGUGUCGAGCAGCGAACACACAUGGCCAUGUGACGCUGAGACUGCAUCUGUCACUACGAGCACAUCUGACCAUACACGCCCAACCACAUACACAAGUAGUAAAUAGCGGAGGUACGGCUAUCAUAAACUGCACGUGGGCUGGUUGGCCAACUCCCCGCUUAGAGUGGCUUCACAAUGGCAUACCUCUGUCGGCUGGCGUCGCUGGAGGCAGAGUGCGAAUACAGAAUGGAGGAGAACAACUUGUUAUAACAUCCGUCCAUCGAGCUGAUAAAGGAGUCUAUCAAUGUGUAGCUAGGAACGAGAGAGAUUCAGCUCAAGCCAGCGCCGAGUUGAGGUUAGGAGACACGGCCCCCGAAUUACAAUACACGUUUAUCGAGCAAGUGCUGAGACCCGGUCAAGUUGUAACCCUCAAGUGCUCGGCGGCUGGUUCCCCUCCACCACAUUUCAGCUGGUUACUUGACGGGCAACCACUCAAUACCAUGGCCCGGGGACAUAGGUACAGUAUUGAGCAGUUCGCAACUAAAAGUAACGAAGUGGUGAGCUACUUAAACAUAACCGCUGUACGCUCUGAAGACGGCGGACUUUACACUUGUAGAGCUGCAAACUCACUGGGGGAGAUAGCGCACACUUCCAGACUUAAUAUAUAUGGUCCACCGUACGUAAGAUCCAUAGGACCUAUCAGAGCAGUCGCUGGCAGGGAAUUGGUACUAUACUGCCCGUACUCUGGUUACCCAAUUAGCUCAGUCAGAUGGGAACGCGAUGGAAGUCAGUUAGAGUGGGAGGGCGGUACGGGUGGAGAAGGGGCUCUGAGGAUAUCACGCGUCGAAGCGAGCAGCGCCGGGGCAUAUACUUGUAGUGCUGUUGGACCACACGGGGAAAUUGCGAGAAGAGAGCUGCAGCUUAUUGUUAGCAAUCCUCCCGAAAUCGAGCCAUUCUCGUUCUCUGCCAACUUACAAGAAGGCAAGCGAGCCCAAGUUAGUUGUAGCGUGGCCUCCGGCGAUAUGCCCGUGCGAUUCGCCUGGCUCAAGGAUGAUCUGCCCAUACCAGCUGACCUACAGGUGGAAGAGCGUGGGGCAGAUUUUUUCAGCAACCUCGUUUUCAAAGAGGUUUCAGCGCGUCACAGCGGUCUGUACACAUGUGUUGCCUCCAACAGCGCGGCCAAAGUUAACUAUACCGCGGAAUUGGUGGUCAAAGUUUCUCCCAAAUGGCUUCGCGAGCCCAUGGACGCAGCCGUAUUAGCUGGGGAACAAUUAGCAUUGCACUGCCACACGACAGGAUCACCCACACCACAUACUACGUGGCUUAAACAAAGAGCUGGAUCUGCAUCAGACUUUGUACCGAUCGUCAACCUGGGAGGAAGGUUUCAGUUUCUCUCGAACGGUACUCUCUGGAUUGAAGCAGCCUUACCAUACGAUGAGGGUUACUAUAUGUGCAAAGCUGAAAACGGAGUUGGAACUCCGCUGUCCAAAACUAUAUUUGUAGCUAUUAAUGAGCCCGCACGUUUCGAGAUGACGUCACAUAACGUGUCUGCCAGACGCGAGGCCGGCGCGACACUCGCGUGUGAAGCACGCGGCGAUGCACCGCUGAGAGUCACGUGGUCAAGGGAUAACGCACCGCUUGACCUCUCUACUUAUAGAUUAAGCAUUUCUGAAGCAAAGACUGAUAGUGGUUUAAGGUCCCAACUGUACAUAAGCCGCACCGACCGACAAGACUCCGGCGUCUACAAGUGUCAGGCCGUCAAUGCCUACGGUCACAGCGACCAUUACAUUUACUUAUCCGUCCAAGAGAAACCCGAAAUGCCUCAGUCAUUAUCUGUGACUGAAAUCCAAUCACGCGCUGUCCGCUUGUCUUGGAGCGCGGGCUUCGAUGGCAACUCACCUCUCCACGGCUACACGGUCCAGUACACGCCACUUAGUACUCAGGCUCGAGGUGAAAGAUGGGAGAACGCCGCCACACUGAACGUCACCUGGGCCGAACUUGCGGGACAUACACACUCUCACGUCACGCUCACCAAGAAAGGCGAUAUACACUACGAAGCAUUAUUGAGUAACCUGCGGCCGCACACAGCGUAUAUGAUCCGCAUCGCCGCUAUCAACCAGAUAGACCGUAGUGCUUUUACUGAACCAGUGGUUGUUAAGACACAGGAGGAAGCCCCGUCCGAAGCGCCAAGCGGUGUGUCAGUCUCAGCCGGGGCGGCGGGUGAACUGCACGUCUCGUGGCGCGCUCCUCCCCGGGACGCAUGGCACGGGGAGUUGCUAGGGUACUCUGUGACUUGCGCUGAAUUAGGUCCAGACUCUGCUCCGAUACCCAAUGCGACUAGAACUCUCACAGUUAAUGUACGUGUGCGUGCUUUCAACGGCAUCGCGGCCGGACCUCCGUCUGUACCUGUCACUGCUACAACAUUAGAAGGAGUUCCAGAGGCGGCCCCCAGUCAUGUUUCGUGUUCCGCCCUAUCAUCCUCAAGUCUUAAGAUAUCCUGGAACGCGCCACCACCAGCGUUACGAGGCGGAAUAGUUCAGGGAUACAAGAUUAUAUACGCCCCAAUCUCUAUCACUCACUCUGAGGGUGCUGAGAUGAAGCGUGUGUCUACUACGGAGACGUACCUGCACACACUGCACAAGUACAGCAACUACUCAGUGCAGGUGGUGGCGUAUACCGCAGCGGGGGACGGCAAGAGGAGCGCGCCCGUGUACUGCAUGACGGAAGAAGAUGUACCCUCAGCUCCGGAAAAGAUUAAGGCGUUACCAUAUUCAAGUGACUCUGUGCUGGUGAGCUGGCUGCCACCCUUGCACCCCAACGGUAUCAUAUCAUACUACACGGUAUACUACAGGGAGGCUGGACGGUUAGGCAAGCACUCAACCUUCACAGUAUCAGCUGAUAAGUCUCCCGAGAUGGAAUUGAUGUUUCAAGUUAGAAAUCUGAUGGAAAACCAGUUGUAUGAGUUCUGGGUGUCAGCGACUACUGGCUCUGGAGAAGGGGAAUCUACACUGGUAGUAGGCCAAGGUCCCAGUUCCAGAAUUCCAGCUCGCAUAGCAUCUUUUGGUGGUACUAUCCGCGUCGGUCCUGGUCGUGGAGCGUUACUGGCGUGUUUGGCUGUAGGGGUCCCUCCCCCUAGGACGCGGUGGGCGCACGCUCGAGCCCCCGUUACACAUCACCGAUACUAUCAAGUUACCAGAGCUGGACAUUUACAUAUUCGUGAGGUCAACUCCGAAUCAUCUGGGAAUUUCACCUGCACGGCCACGAACAGUAUUGGCGAAGACUCCAUCGUAUACUCGGUUAAAGCAGAGAAGCCGCCGUCCGCGCCCGCUCUCUCCUUACAGUAUACCACCGCUACAAGCAUCAAGCUGCAUUGGCGACUUGUAGACAACGAACAACCAGUCUUAGGCUACAUACUUCAUUACAAACAAGCCUCUGAAACAGAGUGGACCAGCGUCGAACUUUCUCCGGAACAAACUUCAUACACCAUGGAUAUGUUGAGAUGUGGAACUACUUACAAUGCUAAAAUACAAGCUCAGAAUAAAAUAUCACUAGGACCACCGAGUGAGAUACUGACUGCUACAACCAGAGGGGGGCGUCCAAAACCGCCCAAGCCAGAAGAGCACGUGCAUACAAAUGCGACGGCCAUCAAGAUUAAUCUUUACGCCUGGAGGGACGCCGGCUGUCCUAUACUGGGAUUCAGAGUCGCUUACCGACGAGCGGGAGAUGAGCAUUGGAUACAGGCGGGUUCUGAUUUGAAUGCGGCUCGCCACGUAGUAGGAGCCUUGUCUCCAGGCGCCUGGUACGAGCUGGCUGUGGAGGCGUGGAGCGAUGCGGGCAGUGAGCGCGUCACUUUACUGGCUGAUACACAUACACUUGCUGGAGGUCGUAUCCCUCCCCUGCGCGUGUCUCCUCCAGCAGGCGGUGCUCGUACCAGCAUCAUGAGGACAGCUCUCGCGUGGUGUGCCGCGAGUGCAUUACUGCUCGUCGCUGCGCUAGCUGCUCUGGUCUGCUUUUUACACGCCAAACGCAAAUUUUUCUGUUUCUCUAACGACCACUAUUUGAGGGACAACAGGAAACUAAGCGAAAGCAAUGAAGCCGAGAGAGAAAAACUACGAGAAGGUCAUAAAUUAUAUUCAUCUUCGUCAAUUAACGGAAACGAAAAGUUGAAUGAUGAUUCAUCAGCUGAAUUGUACGAGAUAAGUCCAUAUGCUACUUUCGGCGGCGCCGCGGCACAUAGUCUGCAGUUCCGUACACUGGCGCGCCGAGAGACGACGCAGCGCCGCCGCAUCGACGACGGAGGCGCGCGUGCGACCACUAUAGAUACGACGAGUCAAGUCUGUCCAAGUGUUCUACUGUUGAGGCUCGUCACCGUCUCCGCGCUGCGCCCGCGCCGGCGCCGCCUCACUGGCGAGAGAGAUCUGACUCUGAUGACUACAGUGACAGCGCGGCCAACACCACUACUAAAGGUACCUAUAGGACUGUUGAUAGAUGAACUUCGGGAAAAAGAUUUAUACGACACUUUAUCAUUAAUGGGACUGCGCGGAAAACACCACUAUUAA